AUGGCUCCUGCACCAAAGAAAAGAAAAAGAUCAAUGAUCGAAACUAACAAGGCGACGACAACAACAGGAACAGCACCGACAAGCAAUCCCCCUUCAACACCUACCACUACCGUUGCUUUACCUCCCCCCAUGGUACCUUAUCAUUUUAUACCUUAUCCAGUCUAUCAUCCACCGCCACAUCCCUAUUAUUUGCCCAUUCAUCCUCCCAUCUCUCCUCGUCAAUCACCUACGCUUACAUCUUCUACUUCCUCAUCUAAUCAACCACGUAUUCUGCCUAAAACACCUAAUUCAAAUGCAGCUACUAGCCCUGCAGCUGCAUUCUAUACCUACCAUCCUUACCAAAUCUCGCCACAAUUACAUCCAGGCCGUCACAACUCAAUCUCAAGCACAACUGCAGAUGAGCGAGAACAAGCCAGAAAGAUAUCUCAUAGCGCGAUUGAACGAAGACGGCGUGAACGGAUCAAUGAUAAAAUAGCUCAACUCAAACAAUUGAUCCCGUCCUGUGCCGAUCGACACAACUUACACAAAAUGACCGUCCUUCAGAGUGCGAUUGAUUAUAUAGUCUAUCUCAGAAAGGUCGUUCAAGACUUAGGCAAAGAUCCGGAUCAGUUGCCUCCAAAAAUUAAGUCAAAAGAACCAGAGCAACAGCAACAGCAAGAACAAUCUACUGAACAGCUGCCACCACCUCAAAUCGGACAUGAAGAAGAAGAGGAUGAUGAAGAAGAAGAUGACGAAGAAUCUUGGUCAACGCCAUGCUCCCCUACUAAAAAGCAACCUUCUGUGCUACCGACUCCACCUUCCACUGGGCUGAAGCCGAUGGAUUUGCUGACAAACCAUAAAAAAACACAAGAAUUACCAAGCCCACCUAGCUCUUCUUCUUCCACUGCUGAACGAAAUAUGAAUCUAGAAAACCUACUUUGUUAAUUUAAAUAUAUAUAUAUAUGUGUAUACCAUAGUAGUUAUUGGCACACAAUACAAGAUCAAU